AUGGCGAAUACAGCACAUUUGAUGAGACGUCAAAGCUCUCGUGAUUUAUAUGCACAGCGUUCGCUAGACAGAAUGGAAAUGAAAGAGUUGAGGGGUCGGUUAGUAACACUGGAAAAUGGUCAUUCGUCUCAUCGUACCCACGUUAUGUAUGGAGCAACUAAUAAGGCGUUUGAAGACACGAGCCCUAACCGACGUUCGUCAGAAACUCCAACAAGUAAAGCUAGUUCUGCUGAUGAAAGAGCUGAAUUAAAACCUGAGGGCGUAGCAGUUGAACGAGAAUCUUGGGAUAGCAAGUUAACUUUUCUACUAGCAACAGUUGGGUACGCGGUCGGUUUAGGGAACGUGUGGAGAUUCCCAUAUUUAGCUCAAAAAAAUGGGGGUGGUGCCUUUUUAAUCCCUUACUUCGUGAUGUUGGCGAUUGAGGGUAUACCGAUAUUUUAUUUAGAGCUAGCUAUUGGUCAGCGAUUGAGGAAGGGUGCUAUAGGUGUGUGGCACCAGGUGUCUCCGUACUUGGGUGGUAUCGGGAUCAGUUCUGCAGUGGUGUCUUUCAAUGUGGCUCUGUAUUACAACUCUAUAAUCGCAUGGUGUUUGUUCUACUUUGCACAAAGCUUCCAGGCGGAACUGCCCUGGUCUGAAUGCCCUAAGAAGUACUUCAGCAAUGGAUCCUAUACAACGGAUCCCGAAUGUUCUGUAAGUAUAGUAAAAAGUUGUACAAUGAAAAUUUCUAGUUUACGAUUCUUCUUAGAUAGUGAU